AUGAGUGGCAAAGAACGGAGAGAGAACUGGGAAUCGCUUCUUGAAAAAUUUUAUUCAUAUCUCGAGGAAGAAGUACAGGAUCAUGAAGUGCCCUACACCUUUGACAUGUUGAAAGAGGCCUAUCGACAGUGUUUCCCUUUUUGCGCUUUUAUGGUUGUGCCCAUGAUUGGGCCGAUGUUCCAAAUGAAAAACACUAGCAAUGAUGACGAAUACAAAAGAAAGGUUGAGAAGGUGAUCCUCGAGAAAGUUGAGUGUCUGCUGGACGACAUUUGCCAAUUCCAUCGCGAGAACAAGGAACGCAAAGGCGCCUGA